AUGACCAUUAGAAACACUCUCCGGGACCAUGGACAGAGGUAUCGACCACGGAUGGCCUGUCUCAAGAAGGCUGAGAAGGUGCUGCUGGAGAUGCAGGACUCCAAAACAGGAGUCAAGUCGCAGCCUCAGAGACUGGUUAUCACAACAAUACCACAUGCUAUAACUGGUGAAGACAUAAUUGCGUGGUUAGCAGACAGAUUUCAAAUAGACACACAAGAGGCAAGGAAUUUUGGCUCUAUGCUGGUGGCAUUAGGAUACAUCUACCCUCUAGAGGGCCACAAACGCUUAGUGAUCAAACCAGAUGCAUCCCUCUAUCGCUUCCAGACUCCGUACUUCUGGCCCACACAGCAGUGGCCAGUUGAGGAUACAGAUUAUGCAAUCUACCUGGCGAAAAGAAACAUACGCAAGAAGGGAAUCCUGGAGCUGCAUGAGCAGGAGCAGUACAACCGUCUUCACAAGUGGAUGAAUCAUAAAUGGGAUUUCAUAGUCAUGCAAGCUAAAGAACAGUACAGAGCUGCAAAGGAGAGGAAGAAACCGGACCGAGUGGUGUUUGACUGCCAGGAGAGAGCCUAUUGGGUGGUUCACAGACCUCCACCAGGAACAGUCAGUGCCAUGGACUAUGGACUGGAUCGACGAAUAGAUCCUAGUGCAGAUGAGGAAAAAACACCGGACUUUUAUGAGAGAACUAUGAUCUUCACCCAGCAGUCUAUCAUGAGGCCCAGGGUGAAGUCAUCUGUGUCCAUUGGCGCAUUGGUGAAAUACUGCGCCACCUAUAACAGCCACGACCCUUUCCUCUCCAAGUGUCUUCCCAGCAACCCCUGGCUCACUGAUGACGUCACAUACUGGACCUUGAAUAUGCCCAAUGUGGAAAUCCCGACUAAAAUGCGCGUGGAGAGGUGGACGUUCAGCUUCGGAGAGCUGCUCUCAGACCCCCGAGGACGAGACGAUUUCAGACUCUUCCUGAAGAAAGAAUUCAGCGGUGAGAACUUGGCAUUCUGGGAAGGUUGCGAGGAUCUGAAGUGGGGCACAGCUGCGACGAUGAGAGACAAAGCAGAGCAGAUCUACAAGACCUUCCUGGCACGUGGUGCACCGCGGUGGAUCAACAUCGACGGAAAGACGAUGGAAAUCACAGUUAAAAGCCUGAAACACCCACACAGAUACGUCCUGGACGCAGCACAAACUCACAUCUACAUGCUAAUGAAGAAGGACUCAUAUGGGCGGUACCUGAAAUCUCCCGUCUUUAAGGAUACGCUGAAGAAGGCCAUCUGUCCUGAGGAGCACAAGUUCACUGAUUCCCAGUUGGAGCAGAAUGCGAAGAACAGACGGCCCAGUCUCAGCCCCAUCAUCCUCCGGCAGCAGGAGCAGGAGCAGAGGGCCAAGAUGGCGGCCAAUGCCCCCGUUGACAUCACACAGGUCAUGAGCAAACUCAGCAAGCAGGGCAAGGAGGUGCCCCCUCGUCCUCCUCCUACCAAGAACUGAACGCAAACACAUGAUGUUCAGCGAUGAGUUGCUGUAGUUUAUUAGUUAAUAAUAAUGUCUACACUUCAAUGCCAUUUACCUUUAGGUUAAAGCUGCUAUAAUCAAUAUUUUCAUAAUAACAACGGAUCAAAUAACUGAGCUCACCCAGCUGCAGUUAACUCCAGUUCUAUGGAGCUUUUUAGCAUCUUUCAGCUCGUUGUUUUGGUUUUCAGCGCACAGCCGUAGUGUUUUGGUUCACUCUCAUUGAGUUGGUGAGAUUUCAGCCUCAAAAUGUCACAAAUAAGACCUACAUCCUGAUUAUGUGAUCUCAAUUCAGUGGCAUGGUAUUAAAUUUUUUUUCCCAGGUUUUGAGAUAUUCGCCACUGAGACUUUUCUCCACCACAAAUUGAAUUUAUUUACCUCAGUGCCAGAUAUCACAAAACCUGGACAAAUGAAACGUGACAAAUAAAAAUGCGAUUUGGGUGAACUGAGCCUUUAAACACAUACUGAAUUACACACCUGCAUACACGAGUAGUUGUAUCGAGUACAUAUUACAAGCAGAGGACAAAUGAACACGUUAAGACAUCUGUUACCAUCUGUUACAUCUCUGUUCAUACUGUAACUGUUGUCACGUCAUGCUGUUUCUCUGAAUACGUGUUGUACUCUCCAUCUUCACUCAUUAAGUGUUCUGUACUGUACUGUGUGUUUUCUUCAUCAUCAGUC